CGGAACCUCCUCCCGCGGCAGACGUGGUGGUCAGUGCGCCCUGAGUGAGGGAUUUCGCCCCCGCUUUCAUACCCACUUGGCUCAAAUAACUGUGAUGGCCAUGCAGGAGAAAUACCCAAGUGAGAGAAUCUCCCAGGCCAGUUCACCAGAUUUUUGCAGCUCAAGUGGCAGCCCUUCUUUCCAGCCCAUCAAAAACCACGUAACCAUUCCAACAGCCCAUGUGAUGCCUUCUACUUUGGGGACCUCUCCUGCCAAGCCAAAUUCUAUGCCUGCUGGACCCUCUUGCUCCAAACUUCCUUUGUCAGGGUCGGCUGAAAGUGUGGGGAUGACAAGAAAUGGAGACCUCAGUGCAAUGAAACGUUCUCCAGGUCUGUCUAGAGAUCUAAUGUAUCUCUGUGGUGCUGCUGGAGAAAAUGCAAUUGAGCAGUCCUGGUUUCCAGCAGUGGGCCAUGAAAGAGAGAAAGAGGUGAGGAAGUUUGAUAUUCCCAGCAUGGAGUCUACCCUCAAUCAGUCGACGAUAAUGGAGACACUUUAUUCAGAUCCCCACUACCGAGUCCACUUCCACAAUCCAAGAACUGACACAAACAAGGAGUUGUACAAAGUGUUGCCGGAGGCCAAGAAGGCACCAGGCAGCGGGGCAGUUUGUGAGCGGAAUGGACCACACCCUAGCAGCAGUGGGGUGCUUCCUUUGGGACUCCAGCCUGCUCCUGGCCUCUCCAAACCUCUACCCUCUCAGGUAUGGCUGCCGAAUCCUGACCCUUGGCAUCCCCGUGAGCGAUCCUGUGAACUUAGCACUUGUCGGCAGCAGCUGGAGUUGAUCCGUUUACAAAUGGAGCAAAUGCAGCUUCAGAAUGGAGCCAUUUGCCACCAUCCCACUUCUUUUGCUCCUUCGCUGCCCACCUUGGAGCCAGCACAGUGGAUCAGCAUCUUGAACAGUAAUGAACACCUCCUGAAGGAAAAGGAGCUCCUCAUUGACAAACAGAGGAAGCACAUCUCGCAGCUGGAGCAGAAAGUGCGAGAGAGUGAACUACAAGUCCACAGUGCCCUUUUGGGCCGCCCUGCCCCCCUUGGGGAUGUCUGCUUGCUGAGGCUGCAGGAAUUGCAGCGAGAGAACACUUUCUUACGUGCACAGUUUGCACAGAAGACAGAAGCCUUAAGCAAAGAAAAGAUCGAGCUUGAAAAGAAACUCUGUGCUUCAGAAGUUGAAGUCCAGCUCAUCAGAGAGUCACUCAAAGCGGCACUGCAGAAGCAUUCCGAGGAGGGGAAGAAACAGGAAGAAAGGGUCAAAGGUCGUGAUAAACACAUCAAUAAUCUGAAAAAGAAAUGUCAGAAGGAAUCGGAGCAGAACCGGGAGAAGCAGCAACGUAUUGAAACUUUGGAGCGCUACCUGGCUGACCUGCCCACCCUGGAAGACCAUCAGAAGCAGAGCCAGCAGCUUAAGGAUUCUGAGUCGAGGAGUGCAGAGCUGCAGGAGAGAGUAACUGAGCUGGAGAAUUUGCUGGAGGAGACCCAGGUAGCCUGCAGGGAAAAGGAGGCUCAACUGGAAAGCCUGAGACAGAGAGAAGCCACUAGACAAAGCCUGCAAGAUAAGCAGUGUGUGAAGAAGGCUGGUGGAGAAUGUCCAGUCCAACAGGGAGAAGGUCCGACUGUAGAAAUGGAGUCCUGGCAGAAGGAAUGUGAUUCUCUCCGAAAGGUUGUAGAGAAGCAGCAGCAGAAGAUGGAUCAGUUGCAUUCACAAGUACAGACAGCUGUGAAGGAGCUUUCAGUGCAAAACCAGGACCUGAUUGAGAAGAAUCUGACGCUCCAGGAACACCUGCGUCAGGCCCAGCCAGCGUCCCCACCUUCACCAGACAUGGCCCAUCUGGCACUUGAGCUGCACCAGGAGUUGGCCAGCUGCUUUCAAGAUCUGCAGGCUGUCUGCAGCAUCGUGACCCAGAGGGUCCAAGGCCAUGAUCCCAAUCUCUCUCUGCUCCUGGGCAUUCACUCUGCACAGCACCCAGGGACCCAGCUUGACUUACAGAAGCCGGAUGUGAUCAGGAAGAAGCUAGAGGAGGUUCAGCAGCUGCGCUGUGACAUCGAGGACUUAAGGACCACCAUGUCAGACAGAUAUGCCCAGGACAUGGGAGAAAACUGUGUCACACAGUGA